AUGGAGGUACAAGACUGGAUUGAAUCCUCCGUACGAGCUUUUUUCUGCUUUACUGGCAUUAUAGGAAACUUCUGGUUGGGUAUACGCUCUCUGCCCAAAUCCAGAUCUCAACUACGACCCAAUGACAUUCUCUUCAUUAACUUGGCCGUGUCCAAUCUCAUCACAAAUUGUCUGGUGGACCUACCGGAUACCAUGGCAUACUUUGUGAACAACUGGUUAAUGGGUAAAAGUUACUGUGGCAUGAUCCAGUUUUCUUCAGAUCUCUCGGAGACCAGCAGUAUCUUCUCCACCAUGUUCAUCAGCAUCUACUGGCACCAAAAACUGGUGGGUUCCGUCAGACGCGGUGGAGCUCCAGUGCAGAUGGACAAUUUACGGCUUGUUGGCAUAUUGCUCUGUGGGAGCUGGACAGUGUCAUUUGUUUUCAGCAUUCCUCACUUCUUCAUUGCAGAGCACGAUGGGAAUGAGAGUUUAGAAGUUUGUGAGGAACGCUUCCCAACACCUGGAUACAAGAGGACUUUUGAUGGUCUGUACCUCAUUCUUGCUAAUGCCAUUCCACUGGUUGGGAUAACCUAUGCAAGUGCUCAGAUUGUCUUAAUGCUGCUCCAGAGCCAAAAACGAAUCAAGGGUCAUUCCAAAGAAAUCAAGAGUGGAGCAAAUCCUCCACCAGCAUUUGUAGAUGCAGCGCAAAAGACACAAGUCCGAUCCAACCAGUCCUCAAGUAAUCAGGCGAGGGCGGCCAAAAGUGUGGUGGCAGUAGCAACAAUCUUCCUUAUCUGCUGGUUUACUCACCUUGUGCUCCGGAUCUACAGCAACUUCAGAAACUCGAUUCUGGCAGUGAAGUUGACCAAUUUCAUUGGAGCAACUUACACCUGUUUCGUCCCUUACGUCUACCUGCACGGGGUAAAGAAACUCAACUGCUCAUGUUGGUAA